CCGUGGCCCCUAUACUUCCAAGAUCGCUACCAGGACGAGCCUUCUGAGAUUGCGGGGAGCUUCGCAAACGAGACUUACCCUCCGCCUCUCCGUGCAUGUAGUAGCGGCUAUGCGUGUAUCGCAACGAAGACGAAGAUGCCAUCGGUUGCAGAAGGUGGCACCAAGAGUAUGCCAAUGGAGGUACGGGAAUUCAUAGCGGUCCCUACGUUGGGUUCACCUAUAUCAAAUCCCUAG